GGCGAAUUGAAAUUCGCCUUGCAGGUGGAAGGGGGCAAAAUGAAGGCCGAGUAGAAAUGCUGUUUAACUCAUCGUGGGGUACACUUUGUGGGCGAGGAUGGGACUUAAAGGAGGCCGACGUGGCCUGUCGACUGUUAGGCUUCCUAGGUGCUUCAGACGUUCUCCAUAACGCUGCAUUCGGCGAAGGGACUGGGAAGGUACUUCUGGAAGACAUCUCUUGUCUUGGAUCGGAGGACACCUUGAUGAACUGUACCUUCAUGUCCAUAGAGGCCGUCGACUGCCCCCAUAAUCUGGAUGUUGGAGUCAUGUGCAAAGGUUCGGUGAUGUCGAUGAUGUCCUCUAGCGAAAUGCCGUUAACCAGGAAUCCACAAAACUACUCUGAACACCAAGAUGGAACAUCGAAUUCGAUACCACCUGUUGAAAAGAGUCUUAAUCCCCAUUUGACCCUCUUAUUGGUUGGAACGAUCCUGGCAGUGUUCUGUGCUAUUUUGAUUGUUGCGGUUCUCUUCGGGUACUCUCGUAAUAGAAAGCUGAAGGCGGCGAUGAAGAUCCUAGAUGAACGGCUUUCCUCUAAUGUGACUGGAUUCCCGAAAGAAGAUUCAUCAUAUGAGACACUCGACCUGCCCAACAUCUCAACAGGAAUACACCUAUACACUGGCUUAAAGGUAUCUGGAAUUAGCAACGAAGACCAGGUCUACACAGAAGUGGCCAUUGCGAAGGAUUGUGAUGACGAAAGUCUUGGUUGCAGUUAUAAAUCUUCAAAACACUCUAAUGGCAUCAGGUCUAAGGCUGGCAGGCUUGAUACUCGAGAGAGGGACAUUCCAUUGCCAUCGGAACCGUAUGACUCCACAUAUGCUAAUUGCUGAUAACGUUAUUUUAAGUGUCUUAGCCAGGGUAAUAUAGGAGCGCCUUGAGCACCUAACAAGGUGGAUACGUGCGCUACAAAAAUUCUAUAUUAUUAUUAUAUAUCUUCUCUCCUUUUCCACUGGCUUUAUACAUAUAGGGGGCAUAUUGAUCCGCAGUCAUGACAAAAUAUAAAGGACAAAAUUAAAUAUGGAAUAGAAAAGGGGUGACAUGAAAUAUACUUUUUAGUAGUUAGUCCAAGUUAUCGCAGAAUAUUAGAAAAUCCAAAACUUUUUCAAAUUUUGCCAUAUCUGGCCCCUCAAAAUGUUCUGUUUAUUAUGCCACUGCUUUUUUAUGAAGUUCAUUCCUAUUUCAGUCCAUCUUUUGCUAUUCUUUUGUAUACAAUUAUGAUUUUAUCACACUUCAGAAAUGCACCUUCUGUAUAAAAUACGUUCAAUAUACACACUGUUCGGUAACAUGCUGUCCACUGUGUUGAGUAAUCAAUGGUAAUGUAUGUUGUCAAAAGAAUAUAUAUAUUAUCAAAUUGAGCAUAUCUAUUUCUCAAUUAUUAGUUUUUAUUACCCAAUAUGGACAAAAUUUAACCAACAGCUGUGUGUGGACAGUAUGUUGCCAGUGAUUGUUAAAUGUUGGGGAUUUCUUUGCCCAACAUUGUUAAGAGCGUACGUAGUUUGUGUAUAUUAUUCAUAUACUUGCGAUCAUUAUAUUGAGUUAUAUGAUUAUUGUAUCCAGGAGUUUAUGAUGGUCAGGAUAUUCCACUCAGACGAAAUGCAAUUUGAUCAGAUUGUACCAGAAUUAUGCACUCGCACCAACUGACUACAAACUGACCGAUGGUAUGCCAAUGAUAAUAUUGUCGCAGCAUUUGUCGGGUCUGCAGUAUUCGGUUUCUAUCUUGGUGAAGUUUAAAGGCUUAUAAUUAUAUUUAAGGUCAAGUCCGCUCUAGAAGAAUAUUGAUUUGAAUAAAUAAAGAAAAAUCAAACUAG